CGCGAGCGUCGCUCGCUGCCGGAGCCACUGGGCGAUGCUGCCGCCGCCGCCGCCGCCGCCGCCGCCGCCGCCGCGAGGCUUCCGCGAUGGUGUUCCUUCUUAAGGAUGCUGAAGGCUGCAGUGAAGCUCAUCGUAACGGGAGAUGACUUUGGCUACUGUCCAAGAAGAAACCAAGGCAUUGUGGACUGUUUCCUUGCUGGAGCGAUAUCCAACGUCUCUCUGCUGGUCAAUGGCAGCGCCGCAGGCGAUGCAGUGCAGCUGGCCAAGAGGUACCACAUUCCAAUAGGACUCCAUGCCAACCUCUCAGAAGGUUCUCCUGUUUGCCCAGCACUGAAGCAGAAGUCCUCGCUUCUCAACAAAGAUGGGUUCUUUCAUGGAAAGAUGGGGAUCCGGACAGCGUUAGCAGAAGGUCUCCUUAAACUGUCCGAGGUGAAGCAGGAACUGAAAGCACAAGUUGACUUGUUCCGUGAGCUAACAGGCCACUUGCCACAUCACAUGGAUGGACACCAGCAUGUCCAUGUUCUCCCAGAGAUCAGACAAGUCUUCGCACAGGUCCUGGAGGAUUAUGGAAUCACGUACACACGCGUGCCGAUAGAACCAGACCUUCCCCGGUGCGCUUGGAUAGACCCGCCGUUAAUGGACUUUUAUCUGGGUGUGGAGAAGGACUCACUUAACACAGUGGAUGUGUUUAGGAAGCACGGCAUAAGGUGGCCAGACAUUUAUAUUGGGUUGAGCACCAUGGGAAAAAAUAUGUCUGUCAUCAACAUUCUUAGUGCCAUUGAUAAUGCCGUUGGGGCAUAUCUAGCGAAGGAGGACCCCUCCGCUCCUUCCCGCUCACUCUCAGGCCCCGAGCACGAAACCAGGAGUUUAACCAUUGAGCUGAUGACUCAUCCGGGGUACCCCAGCCUUCCACCCGUCGGAGGCUGUGGUGAGGGGCCGGAUGAUUUCUCGCAGUCCUGGGAACGCUUGCAUGAACUUGAAACGUUGAAGAAUGCUGAGCUGCAGAGCCAUUACAAAACACGGAACAUUCAGCUGUGUUCGUUUAAAGAUCUCAAGAUGUGACCGCCUGGAAGGGUUCAUUGAGUAGUUUCUGUAUGGAUUAAAUGUGAUGCCAACUCAGUCGGAGGGUGCAGCCUCCAAGCGAAAGAGGCGUCUUGGUAUGGAGAGCUCCACUGCUUCCUUCCUGGUCCUCAAGUCUCGGGGGACAGAAGUGCCCCCUCUCUGCAAAAAAGGGGAGGAGGAGCUGUCUUUCUGCAGAAGGAAGGUCCUAGUGCGGUGGCAUCCCGGCCUUCAGGAAGAGCAGAGAAGGAGCCAUACAGCUUAAGAUCCCAGGAGUGAAUUAGCGAAUAUGCAGAAAGAUCUGUUCAAACCUGGCAGUAAAAGCAGCGGUGCUGGAGAGACUUGAGGCGUUCUGUUCCAACCGGAUGCUUGUGGGACCAUCACAAGGUGGCCACGAGCAGAGCAUCAUCAGAGCGGUAUGACAACGGAACCAGUGAACUGGGGAGGUGGUGGGCUCUCCUGCCCUGGAGGCAUCUGGGAUGCAACUGGGCAGCCCUCUGAGAGGGAUGGUUUAACUCCGUGUCCUGCAGUGAGCAGGGGGUUGGACCUGAUGGCCCUCUGGCCCCUUCCAGCUCAACUAUUCUACGAAGCUCUCUCUGGGUUUCCCCCACAACUGCUAUGGAGACAUUAAAAAAGCAUUUUGCACCUGA